AUGCGGGCCCUGUCGACGCAACUCCCUUCCGUCGUUUCCCCACUUCCGCAAUUUUCCCCCUUUCCGACAUUUCCCCCCUUUCCGACAUUUCCCCCUUUCCGCCAUUUCACCCCCUUCCGCCAUUUCCCCCCUUUCCGCCAUUUCUCCACCUUCCGCCAUUUCCCCCCUUUCCGCCAUUUCCCCCCCUUCCACCAUUUCCCCCUCUUCCCCAUUUCCCCCUAUCCCCCUCUUUUUCCCUCCCCCCCUCUUUUUCCCUCUCCCCCUCUUUUUCCCUCUCCCCCUCUUUUUCCCUCUCCCCCUCUUUUUCCCUCUCCCCCGCAUCUCUCCCCCACCUCCAGCGUUCCGCCUGGAACUCCCGAGUCUCUUCGCGUGCCAUCGCAAGCCGCUCCGUUCCGCCUGGGUCUGCCGAGCCUCUUCGCGUACCACCGCAAGCCGCUCGUGUCGAAGCAGGGAACGAGCUUCGCGACUGCCGCGGCUGGCGCGCGAAACUGGGUGUACGCGGGGAAGACCCGCAGCCUACAGACCCAGAUAGCGUACAUGCAGGAGUACAAGGACAAGCGCCAGAACAACCCGCAAGUGAUGCUUGACCAAUCGCUGAUUAUGAUUAGCGCGGGAACCAACGAUUACGUGUUGGCGCUUCUCGGGCAGUCGGGCGGGCAGAGCGUGGAGCAGGUGCUGUCUGCUACUACAGGAGCGAUAGUCAAAGCAGUGCAGGACCUCAACGCAAUGACCAAGACCACCAAGAUCGUGGUGUUCGACGUGCCGCCUCUCGGCUGCAUCCCAGCCGUUCGUUACUUCAAGAAGACCCCCGCGGGGCAGUGUGACGCGGCAGCGAAUAAGUUAGCGGACCAGCACAACACAGGCGUGAGGGCAAAGCUGGACAAGCUGAGGCAGCAGGGGGUGACCAAUUUGAUACUCUUCAAACAGAGCACCGUGUACCGAGUCAAGGGCACCACUGCAGGUGGUUUCAUUGACAAGACGUCGGUUUGCUGCGAGGGUAAAACACCCAGCGGAAAGCUGAUAGCCUGCGGGCAGACAAUAAAAGAGGGUGGUAAGAGCUACAGUGCUACGGCGUGCAAGGACCCGACUAAGAAGGAUUCUCGCGACCUGUCCCCUCUUUCCCCCCUUCUCUCCCCCGCUCCCCCCUUUCUCCCGCCCCCGGCUCCUCCGCUCCCUUUCCCCCCAUUUCCCCCCUUUCCCCCUCUCCCUUCCCCUCCCUCUCCCAGUCUGCUUGUUCUCUUCUAG